CCCAUGGACCCCUUUCCUAAGCUUGUUGCAGCAAGAAAACACUAGAUGUCACACUAACAGCCAAGGGUCCUAGAUAGUUAUAUGGAGGACUAGCCGGAAACUCCAACUUUCACUGUUGGGUUGGAUCCCCCCUUUGCGGCCUUCUAUGCGACCCUCAGCGCUGAUCCCGCCCACUGCACGCUCUCCGCCGCCACUUCCGCUCUCGCUUCCCACGGUGCAAGAUGGCGGAGGAGUCGGAGACGAUGUUGCAACUCCCUUCAACUGCUGCUGCUGGCGGGGAAGGACUUACGGAUGUCUCCCCAGAAACAGCCACUCCAGAGCCCCCUUCUUCUGCUGCAGUCUCCCCAGGGACAGAAGAGCCCUCCGGCGACACCAAGAAAAAAAUUGACAUACUACUAAAGGCUGUGGGAGACACCCCUAUAAUGAAAACAAAGAAGUGGGCUGUAGAGCGAACCCGAACCAUCCAAGGACUCAUUGACUUCAUCAAGAAGUUCCUUAAACUUGUGGCCUCGGAACAGUUGUGUUGCUUUUGUCCCAUUCUUCUCAAGUUUAUUUAUGUGAAUCAGUCCUUUGCUCCUUCCCCAGACCAGGAAGUUGGAACCCUCUAUGAGUGCUUUGGCAGUGAUGGUAAACUGGUCCUGCAUUACUGUAAAUCUCAGGCCUGGGGAUGAGCCACAGAGAAAAACAACUUGCUACUCAUUUUUCACAGAGGAAACAGCUCCAAAAAGUCUUAAUGCUUGUGACAAGAGACUUAAUGGAUAUGAACUACUCAGCAUGUAUCUACUGUGACUCAUGUUUAUGCAUAAGAAAACAUCUGUAGAGUGAAUAGACCAACAAAAAUAUGAUUUGUGUUAAUACACAAAUCUUAUAUAAGAUUGACAUUACAGUAUGCCUAUUGCUCCUGCCUAUUACCACUAUUGUUUCAGAUCUGCCUGCAAGGUUGAAAAGACUGAAACCACAUAAACCUUCAUUGCCAAUUUUCAAAAUGAUUGAAAUUGUUUUCUUGUAGAAUUGGUACUCUGCUGAUUUUUUUCAUGGUAAAAAUUAAUUUACUAAAAGGUUUUACUUUUUGUUCUUAAACAGGGAACUUUAGUUUGUUUGGGAUGUAAGAUAUUUAUAUUUUUUCUGUUGAAUACCUUGUGAAACCAAGUCUCAUUGACCUCUUAGCUGAAUGAAUACCUUACAUAGUCCAGUAGAGGGCAGUCCAGCUGAUUAAAAAAAAGGGUUUGGCAAUUUGGUUUUACAUCUUUUCUAGGGGAUAAGAGAUAUAAGACUUCUCUUGUUAAUUUCUGGCUAAUAUCUAGCCAAGAAAAUGACAAACUGGAAGGCUUUGAGAAAAUAAAUAGUUUAAUUAUGUUGGAAA